AUGCGCAAUGAGUUGGGGAGCUUCAAGGACGAGAUGUGGAGCUUCAAGGACGAUAUGCGGAGCUUCAAGGACGAUAUGCGGAGCUUCAAGGACGAGAUGCGGAGCUUCAAGGAGGAGCUGGGGAGCUUCAAGGAGGAGAUGCGGGGCGAGCUGGGAAGCUUCAAGGACGACAUUCGUAGCAUACUGCAGGCCGGUCUGCUGUCGCAGCGCGCCUACGUACGCAACUUGGUCGCGUGCCGCUUCGGCGACAGCACCAUUUUUUGGCCCCCCCACAAUGGCGCCCCCAUCGACGCGGCGCUCGCGGGCGCGCCGCUCCCGGCCACACCCGACAACGUGCGCGCAGCGCCGGUCGAAGCCAUCGACGCAGUGCUGCGCGCGUACGGCCUGGCGGCUGGGCCCGGCGCGGGCGACGACGACACGCGGCGGCGGGCGCUGCUGGUGCACAUUGGCGUGGAGCUGUAG